AUGGCUGAGAACAAUAUCUCAACAAGACUACGGCGUUCCCUAGUCAAUCGUGUCAAGAAAGAAAUCCGAGAGCCAGCAACAACUUCUGAAGAAGAAAUUGAAGAACCUGAAGAACCUGAAUUUGGCAAGAAGCGUAGAAAAACAAAUGCGGCGGGCAAGCCUGGCGCCAACAAAGAUCCCGAUUUUCACCCGACCGCCACUGCUGAAAUUUCCAUAAAGGGGAAUAGAGAAAUAAAGAAGCUUCUCGAUGAUUUCAACAAGAUGGGUCAAUCUAAAAAAGUAACUGCACGUUAUCAAACGUCAGUGGCAAGUCGAUUGAUUCCUGGGAAAAGUUCACGGGUUUCCAUAUUAAAAGGAGGAACAUUACGAUUCAAAUUCAGAAAACUUGAAGUCACAGAAACCGUUCCAAAUAAAGCUGAUUUGCAACGAUAUGAACGCGUUAUUUGGGAAGCGCAGAAAAGAUGGAUCGAGAAGAUGGCCAGUCAAGAGUUUUGUGCUGCUUUGAAGAACUUCACUUCAACCCAAUGGACUCCUUCAUCUGAAUGCGACUUUGUUGCAAUGUUAAAGACAAAGAAGAGUAUUGGAAUACGACAUGGGGCAAUCACAACAGCUGUGAAGGAUAAUGUAGAUUUGCUUUCAUCGGGUGCUGUUUUGUAUGAUUUGCCAAUCAGCGAGCUGCCCGACAAUUUGGAACAAAUCACUUUUGGAAAACAUACAUUUGUUGACUUUAAAUCCGGAUCUCGUAAAAAAGAAAUUACUUCAAGCGACUGGACGUCGAUUGCCUACACUGGUGGACCAAUUAACAGCCUUGACUUUGCCCCAGUUCAACGUAAAGAUGGAAGCGAUAUUUUGGCUCUUUCCGUUUUCCCCGAAGAUUCAACACUCACAGGGAAAGGAAGAACUUGGAUUAAACAAACUGGAUAUUUUCAACUUUGGAUGCUGACAAGGCCCACUGAAGGCAUGACAAUUCCAACACUUUGCGGUAUUGUUCGAAUACCAGAUGAAGGUUUGGUCCUAAAAGUAAAAUGGUGCGCUAAACCAUGUGAAGUUCCUAAAAAAGACGAUGAUCCAAUUGGUUAUCUUGCCGUUGCAAUGGCUAGUGGAAAGAUUCUGAUCUACAAAAUUUCGGAUGUUCUAUUCAACAAUUGUGACGCGGAGGCUGUUCCCGUAUUUGAACCAUCACCAGAUUUUGUACUUCGUCAAGAAAACAAUCCCGAAUAUAUGACGGGAGAAAAUCCACUUGGUUAUCCUCCAAUAAUUUCUGUUGAUUGGGCACAUUUUGCUGGUGGAGAUCGAAUUGCUGCGGUGAAUGCUGCCGGAAACAUUCUCAUAUGGGAACUUUCUAACGAAGAAUUCACGACGGAAGAUGGGAUCUUACCAAUUGAGAUGAGCUCUGAAUCUUGGAAUUCUCCGGCUGUGGAUGUGGUCUGGAACUCGGAGAAAGCUGUUGCCGUCUCCUUCCGUGAAGGUCUACUACGAUUGCUUGACACAGACACUGGAGAAUGCCUGUUAGAAGAAGCAACGAUCCGAACCGCCGGUCAACGUUGCUCCGCACAGUUACGUCUUUUUCCUGGCGUUUUCUUGCUGCAAGUGGUCACGAGCGACUCCAGCAAUGGUGGAACAUGCUACUUGAUACCUGAUCGCCAAAAUAAAGGAUAUUUUGUGGUUCCACUCAGCAAUAAACAUGAUAUUUGUAUAUGGAGCAUUAGCACGUGUGCAAUAAACGGUGUUGUUUCAUCUUGUGGAGUUGAUGGCGCGGUGUUGAUGUCAAUAAAUGGCCGAAUCGCUCCAAACAAUGCCACAGUUGAUUUUACUUUCUCGGCCCAGCGCAAAGCACUUCAGCUAACGAGGUUUCGUGUAAACCUCGCCCCACCAACGGACGAUGUAGCUCCUCCAGUUCACGACACCCAUGAGCUAGCUCAAAAGUAUAUGUGGCUCGAAGUGAACGUGUCGGAAUGUGAUCGGAUACCUGUGCGUCGUAACAUCCACUCAUGCGGCGAUCUACGACUUGAGAGUCUCAACUGUAUGGCAACAAGUUAUGGCGAAAAUCCAAUAGCAGUUUCGGGUGGACAAGCGGGUCUUUUAUUUGUUCUUCCUUGUCGCGUA